UCCGGAAAGAAUCAAAUAACUUAAAACUAACUUCACCUUCAUCUUCACCAUCAGGGUCCCCUUGAUGCAGCUGUCAACCCCCCUGGAUGUUGUUGUCAAAUACAUGGACGGACACACUUGUUGCCCGAGUGUGCGUGAAACUAGGAGGGAUCUAUAGGAAAACAUCUCUCAACUCACUCCCAUAGAGACAGAGAGGCAGAGGGCUGCUGACUCAGGGAUCUGUCUCCUCCGUCCUCUGUCUCCUCCAGCGGACUGAAGCGGCUGCAGACGUGAACGAGGCAUAUAGCUAUGUUGGGUGUCCUCCUCCUUCUGUCCCUCACCUCCCUGGUGGCCCUGGUGCCUCCUCCGAGUGCUCCUCCUUUCCCGUGCAGGCACUGCUGUGAUCACCUGGAGCCAGAAGAGGGCAGCGGAGACCAGCCUCCCACAGGGAGGUUCAGCCAUGUGCCAGAGGUCCGCACCUACAUCAACAUGACUAUCCUCAAAGGUGACAAAGGAGAACGUGGUGACAGGGGAACGCCAGGUAAAGCUGGACACGAAGGCCCUCCAGGCUCCAGAGGUCCCAUGGGCUCAAAAGGCACAAAGGGACAUGCCGGUCUUCCAGGAGACCCCUGCAAGGUCCAGUACUCCGCCUUUUCCGUCGGCCGUCGAAAAUCCCUGCACAGCCUAGAGUCCUACCAGGCAGUUGUGUUUGACACGGUCUUCGUCAACCUGGACGGUCACUUCGACAUGUUCAAGGGGAAAUUCCUCUGCCACAUUCCCGGGAUCUACUUCUUCAACUUGAACAUUCACACGUGGAACUUCAAAGAGACGUACGUACACAUCAUGCAGAACGACACGGAGCAGGCUAUCGUGUACGCUCAGCCCAGCGAUCGCUCCAUCAUGCAGAGUCAGAGCCUGAUGCUGAAGCUGGAGCUGAGCGACGAGGUGUGGGUCCGCCUGUACAAGAGGGAGAGGGAGAACGCAAUUUACAGCGAUGAUGUAGAUGUCUAUAUCACUUUCAAUGGAUACCUUAUCAAAGAUGGCGUGGAGGGCAAAUGAAAAAGAGAGGGAAGGCUGAGGAUUAGACUGGUGAGCUCGGAUGUGUGGAAAGGAAACACAUUGGACUGGCAUGGAAGCACAAUGACUAAAAAAUGUGUUCUUUUAUAUUUAGAUAAAAAGGUGCAAGAAUCAAAAUGGUUGCCGGAGAAUGAGCAAUACCUCUUUGACAAAAUGUGAAGAAAUAAACUGCAUUACCCCAAUAGAAAAUUGUCUGAAUACUGCAUACAUGCCACAACAAGAAAAGAAAAAAGUUAGUUCAACAUUUUGGGAAAUAUGCUUGCUGAGGGUUCGAUGUGGAAAUUGCAACCACUCUUGCAAGCAGCUGGUUAGCUUAGCAUAAAGCCGGUAAAAGGGAAAAGAACUAGCAUAGCUCUGUUCACAAAGGUUAGAUCUUGUUUGUUAAAUCAGCGCAAAGCAUAAACAGAAUGAUCGGUUUACAGGGGUUAUUUGCCAGACCAUUUCUUGGCUGCGAGUAGAGACUUGAAAUUUGGUUUUGUACAAAUCAAACAAAGAAGAUAUGAACCUUGGUGGGAUUUAAAGGUGCUGGUUGGUGGAUUUUGUAACCUUUAUAAAGAGCCAGUCUAGCCUUUUAGCUAGCUGUAACAUCAUAUUUAGCGUACUAGCAUGAGAAUGGUAUCUUCUCAUCUAACUCUCAGUAAAAAACAUAAAUAAGUUUAUUUCCCCAAAUGAGUUGGUAAUGUUCCCCUGUCGAUCCCUAAUGUGUACUUGAUGGAUUAAAGAUCAUAUUUUUAAAGAGGUUAAACCCACAGAGCAGUAUUGAUUUUAAAACAAAUCUGUUUACUUUCAGUGACAGCAAAUGAAAGUUGAAAGAUGGCUGUAAUAAAAAAACUAAGCAAUGGUCCGUGCAGUAUAUGGUGAGAAAAAGUACACUUUCAUUGGUAAUGUGGACUGUUACUGAGAUUUGUACGUGGUGCUAAAACUUGGUGCUAAUUGAACUUCUGUUGUGUAAGAACUUUAAGAAACAUUAUGUUCUCUCCCAGUAAGAUUUCAUUUUUUGGAUUGACUUUUAUGUUUUUGGGAUUGAUAAUGCUUUUAAAUUGUACUUGAAUGUUUUGUGCUAAACAUGUGUACCAGAAGGUGCUGAUUAUCCUCCUCCACUCCCUCCCUUUUAAUACAGUAUCAUGUAAAUAUAAAGAGAAUGAAUAUAAACAGUGAAUUGUACAUAAAAUGGAGGCCUAAAUAAAACAUAAAGCAGUAAAAGUCUGACAAGUCAAAAUUAAAUAAUAUUACAUACACUCAUGUAAACUGACACAUUACCUGCAAUAAAGAUAUUAUUAACAUUAGUGGGCCCACUAACAUGACAAUAAAUGCCAUAACUGAUACUACAGAAGAACAAUAAUAAGUAUAAAUAUGGGGUUUUGUUUUGUUCCUGUGACCACAAGAGAACAAUAAACAUGAUACUUCCAUAGUAA